AUGACAGAAGGGCGGAAGACAAGGAGAGGGAUACAUUUUAGCAAACUCUAUUCGUUUUCAUGUAUUCGAUCUCCUUUCCAUGAUAGUCAUUCCCAAAUUGGGGAAAGAGGGUUCUCAAGGGUUGUGCAUUGUAAUGACCCUGAUAAUCCUGAGGCACUUCAGUUGAGAUACAGGGGAAAUUAUGUUUCAACUACCAAGUACACGGCAGCUAAUUUUAUUCCCAAGUCUUUGUUUGAGCAGUUUAGGAGGGUUGCAAAUAUAUACUUUCUUGUUGUAGCUUGUGUUUCAUUUAGUCCAUUGGCGCCUUUUAAAGCUGUUAGUGUUCUGGCACCCUUGUUAGUGGUGAUUGGAGCUACUAUGGCUAAGGAAGCUGUUGAAGAUUGGAGGCGAAGAAAACAGGAUAUUGAGGCAAACAAUCGAAAGGUUAGAGUUUAUGGUAGGAAUUAUACUUUCUAUGAGACCAGAUGGAAGAAACUCCGAGUUGGUGAUCUUGUGAAGGUGCACAAGGAUGAGUACUUUCCUGCUGAUCUGCUUUUGCUUUCAUCAAGCUAUGGCGAUGGGAUUUGCUAUGUUGAAACUAUGAACCUUGAUGGAGAAACUAAUUUAAAAUUGAAGCAUGCAUUGGAGGUGACAUCCCAUCUUCAGGAUGAAAAUUCCUUGGAAAAAUUUAAAGCAUUGAUCAAGUGUGAGGACCCGAAUGAAAAUCUGUAUUCAUUUGUUGGGACUUUGUACUAUGAUGGCAAACCUUACCCACUUUCCUUACAACAGAUGCUCUUAAGAGACUCUAAGCUGAAAAACACUGAAUAUGUCUUUGGUGUUGUUGUGUUUACUGGUCAUGACACGAAAGUGAUGCAGAAUGCUACAGAUCCUCCUUCAAAGAGAAGUAAAAUUGAGAGGAAAAUGGAUAAGAUAAUCUACAUUCUUUUCAGUACUCUGGUUGUGAUAGCCUUUGUCGGAUCUGUCUUUUUCGGAAUUGACACUAAACGAGAUAUCAGUGGUGGAAAGUAUAGAAGGUGGUAUCUUCGUCCAGAUCAUACCACUGUUUUUUAUGACCCCAAAAGACCAGCACUUGCUGCUUUUUUCCAUUUCUUGACUGCCCUUAUGUUGUAUGGAUAUCUGAUACCAAUAUCUCUGUACGUAUCAAUAGAGAUCGUGAAGGUACUACAGAGUGUUUUCAUUAACCAAGAUCAGGAUAUGUAUUAUGAGGAAACAGAUAGGCCAGCUCAUGCACGCACGUCUAAUCUGAAUGAGGAACUUGGCCAGGUUGAUAUGAUACUUUCUGACAAAACAGGUACAUUGACAUGUAACUCCAUGGAGUUUAUUAAAUGCUCGAUUGCAGGCACUGCUUAUGGCCAUGGUAUGACAGAAGUGGAGAGGGCACUGGCAAACAGAAGGGAUGGACUGCCUAAAACUGGUGACAUAUCAUCUGAUGUACUCGGGGAUACUAGUGAUGUUGUUGCCUCUGGAAAGUCAGUUAAGGGUUUUAACUUUAGAGACGAACGCAUCAUGAAUGGCCAGUGGGUCAAUGAACCUCAUUCAGACACAAUACAGAAAUUCCUUCGGGUUUUAGCGAUGUGUCAUACAGCCAUUCCAGUUGUCGAUAAAAAAUCAGGAGAAAUAACCUAUGAAGCUGAAUCGCCAGAUGAAGCAGCUUUUGUCAUAGCUGCCAGGGAGCUUGGCUUUGAGUUUUUCGAAAGGACUCAAACAAGCAUAUCAUUGCAUGAGUUGGAUUUUGAAACUGGGAAAAAGGUUGACAGGGAAUACGAGCUUCUUCAUGUCUUAGAGUUCAGUAGUUCGCGGAAAAGAAUGUCAGUAAUUGUAAGGAGUCCAGAAAAUAAAUAUUUGCUCCUUUGCAAGGGUGCAGACAGUGUAAUUUUUGAAAGGCUUGCAAAAGCUGGGCGGCAGUUUGAGGAUCAGACCAAGGAGCACAUUCAUAAAUAUGCUGAAGCAGGCUUACGAACUUUGGUGAUUGCAUACCGCGAGCUCGGUGAAGAAGAAUUUAAAAUAUGGGAAAAGGAGUUUCUGAAGGCCAAAUCUUCUGUCACUGAAGGUCGAGAUUUAUUGGUGGAUGGGGUUGCUGAUAAGAUUGAAACAGAUUUAAUUCUACUUGGUGUUACAGCUGUUGAAGACAAACUGCAAAAGGGGGUUCCUGAAUGUAUCAACAAGCUUGCCCAGGCUGGGAUAAAGAUAUGGGUAUUGACUGGGGAUAAGAUGGAAACUGCAGUUAACAUAGGGUAUGCUUGCAGUUUACUUAGACAAGAUAUGAAACAGAUUGUCAUCAGUCUUGAUUUGCCAGAUAUAAAUGCCUUGUCAAAACAAGGGGAUAAAGAGGCAGUUGAGAAGGCUUCUCUUGAAAGCAUAAGGAAGCAAAUUGGAGAAGGUGUUUUGCAAAUUAAUCAAGCUAAAGAAAGUUCUAGCUCAGCUAAGUCAUUUGGCUUGAUAAUUGAUGGAAAGUCCUUGGAAUUUUCACUCAAGAAGGAUGUGGAAAAAUCGUUUUUUGAGCUUGCAAUUAAUUGUGCUUCUGUUAUAUGUUGCCGUUCUACACCCAAACAGAAAGCUCUUGUUACGAGAUUGGUAAAACUUGGAACAGGUAAAAUAACACUUUCUGUUGGUGAUGGUGCAAAUGACGUUGGCAUGCUUCAAGAAGCUGAUAUUGGAGUUGGCAUUAGUGGUGUUGAAGGGAUGCAGGCGGUAAUGGCCAGUGAUUUUUCCAUAGCUCAAUUCCGUUUUUUGGAGCGGCUCUUGCUUGUACAUGGGCACUGGUGCUACAGGCGCAUAUCAAUGAUGAUAUGCUACUUCUUCUACAAGAACAUUACAUUUGGGUUUACUCUGUUUUGGUUUGAGGCCCAUGCUUCUUUCUCUGGUCAACCUGCUUACAAUGAUUGGUACAUGUCAUUCUACAAUGUCUUCUUCACAUCACUUCCUGUGAUUGCUCUAGGUGUUUUUGAUCAGGAUGUUUCUGCACGACUAUGCCUCAAGUAUCCCUCCUUGUAUCUGGAGGGAGUGGAGAACCUCCUCUUCAGCUGGACCCGCAUACUGGGUUGGAUGGUUAAUGGCGUUUUGAGCUCCAUAAUUAUCUUCUUCUUCACCACCAAUUCCAUGGUUGGCCAGGCUCUCCGUAGAGAUGGUAAAGUAGUUGACUAUGAAGUCCUAGGGGUCACAAUGUACACUUGCGUAGUGUGGGUUGUAAACUGCCAAAUGGCACUCUCCAUCAACUACUUCACUUGGAUCCAGCACUUCUUCAUCUGGGGAAGUAUCGUCUUCUGGUAUAUAUUCUUGGUGAUAUACGGUUCCGUAUCACCGAAUGUUUCCACAACAGCGCACAAAGUUCUUGUGGAAGCCUGUGCUCCCAGUCCUCUGUAUUGGCUAGUGACCCUCCUCGUUGUCAUUUGCACUUUGCUACCGUAUUUCUCAUACCGGGCUUUCCAGACACGGUUUAAACCAAUGCGUCAUGAUGUAAUACAACAGAAACGAUUAGAAGGUUCAAACCAUGAUGAGACUUCUGGCGAGUUGUCUCUGAGACUGAGCAGCAAACUAGAGCACCUGAAGCGGAGAUUGAGGGCUAGAGAAUUGUGA